AUGCCCAGAAUGUUUCCAACCAUAAGAGCAGACCGAGCAGGGAGACUCCCAGCGUUUAUGCUACAAGAAUUUGAGAAACAUGGCCACACCUAUACCCAACGAGUGACCGGCCAACUCGUCGUAUUGACCAGAUCACCCGCCAAUGUGCAAACCAUCUGCAAAACACGCUUCAAAGACUAUGAGAUUGGGUCAGAUCGUGCCGGGAACUUUCAUGCCCUCAUCGGCCACGGCAUUCUUGCUUUGGACGGACGAGAAUGGACCAGAUCUCGCGCCAUGUUGAGACCACAUUUCACGAGAAAUUUCGACGAAGACUUUGUACAAUUGGAAGUACAUGUCCAGCAUCUCCUGCGGCGGCUUAUCGACGUGGCCUUCAAGGACACGCCCGUCGACGUAGGCGACUUGUUUUUGAAGUUGAGCACUGACUUUGCAACCGAGGCAGUUUUCGGCCAUAGUACCAAUUCCUUGCUCUUUGAUUUGAAGCACUGGUCGGGAGAGCAGGAUAAGGGGAGCGCAGGGGAUUUUUCUCUGGCUGUUGACCAUGCUCUUCACAUGCUAGGGCAGAGAGGUCAGCUAAUCAACUUCUAUUGGGUUCGCGAUUCCCCAAGAUUUCGACAAUCUUGUCGGACUUGCAAAGCAUUCGUCAAUCGAUACCUGGAGGAUGCACGGCGGUCCCAGGCCGAGCACAGCAUCGAAGACCCGGGAAAAGGGAGGGGCACCUCGUUCAUGCACUCACUGGUGGCCAGAGACACCAUCCCCGCCGAAGUCAUAAGAGAUCAGCUUUUGGCUUUGCUCCUGGCAAGCAGGGAUACAUCAGCCUCCUUCGCCUCAUGGGUGAUCUAUGCCUUGGCCAGACAUACCGAAGUCAUGGCGAAGCUUCGGAGCUUGAUCGAUACUCACUUGCAAGGGUGCAGAAUACCGACGGCAGCAGACAUCGCCGCUCUCCCCUAUCUCCGCCAUGUCUUGAAUGAAACACUUCGGGUAUUUCCUGUGGUGCCCCUGGAUGGGCGCACGGCCAAGGUUGAUACUAUACUCCCAGAAGGGGGCGGCCCUGACGGCAAAAGCCCGCUGUUGAUACCAGCUGGCACCAAGGUGGCCUUCAACAUUUAUGCUUUGCACCAUCGGCGAGACAUCUUUGGGAUGGAUGCGGACGUGUUUCGACCAGAGCGAUGGGAAGAGGUUGGCGCUGGAACAACGGCAGACUUUGAAGGAGCCUUCAUGCCCUUCAUAUUUGGGCCUCGUGUCUGUCUAGGCAAGAACAUGGCGAUGAUGACCGUCUCCUAUCUGGUCAUCCGUAUCCUGCAGAAGUUUGAACACCUCGAGGCUGUCGACAGCCCCGCAUCGCAAAUCCUACCCAAGGAUUCUCGCAAUUGGCCGAGUGAAGACACUCGGUAUGAUAUGGAGGAUAAGGAGACAACCUUCAGCAUCGGCGUAACGAUGUCUCCUCGUGACGGUGUGUGGGUGAAACUGCGAUCGGCAGGAGAGACACACCUAGGUAGGGGGCGAUGA